GGGAAAGUUGGCCAUGAAAAUAAACAAACGUUGCUGUUUCAUUUUGCAAUUGAAUUUUUUAAUGAUAAAAUUGUUCAAAAUUAGUGAAAUCAUCUUGAUAAUUUAGAAGGAAGUGCAAAUAUAGAGAGGGAAUGGAGGGAAUCGAGAGAACGCAACAGUGGCUCUCGUUGAUCUAAAGAGACAAGUGUAAAGUGUAAUGGAAAUUCCAGAUGAUUUACUUUCUUUGUGCUCUAAGCAAACGGAACCCUUUGAAGCAUUACCUCAAAAUAAUGUGAUCGGUAGUGAAGUGAAUUGGGAAAAGAGGAUUGAGUAUGUGAGUAAGUGGUUAAAAGAAACUGAAAGUUAUAGUAGUAAAAACACCAUGGGACAGCAACAUGUGCUUCCAGUGGAAGUUGUUGAGAUAUCAGACGAUGACUCCGAUUCUGAUAAUUUCGUUAGUUCGGAGAGUGUUGUUAAAUCAAGUGCAGAAAAUAUAGUAAAUCCAUCAAAAAAAAAUAGUGAAGUGCGAAGAAAUUCAAAACGACACAAGAAAAAGCAUAGAAAAGGUGUGAAGAAAGUUAGAUUGGAUGAAGAUCGACCACUUCAAGAUGAGUCUUUUCCUGCUGGAGAUGAUCGUAUCCAGGAGCAACGUCGUAAUCGGGAGAUGACAACGCAACACGCUUCGCCGUUUGCUGCUAGUUCGUCUCAAUCUCUUGGUUGCAAAGAUGAACCUGUUCCAGCUACAACUGAUAAUUUGGACAUGGGGAUACAAACUGAGGAGAUUAAGGUGGAAGUACCGAUUUUUUGUACUAGUUCGUUCGCUCAAACGGAGUCCCCUGUUUUGGAGGAGACGCCAACGCAAACUCCUUCACUGGUCACCUUAGACUCAUCUGCACAAACAACAAAUCCUGUUUUUGGUGAGACGUCGACGCAAACAUCUCCUCCGUUUUGCUUCAACUCCUCUGUGCAAACAGAUGCCAUCAUUAGGAAGACUCAGAACACCCAGACUAUCAAAGUUUGGAUGAUUAAUGCAGCAUGCCAAACUGAUGCAUUCUCAUUCAAAGUCAAUUCGUCGUUGAGUCCUGUAAAGAGUCCUGAGAGGAAGAUGAAUUCCUAUAUGAGCAGGGAGCGUAAUAAUAUGAUGCGAGCAAUUGAUUUAGUCAACAGUCAAAGGAUUAAAGAAUUCAUGAUGCUUUCUACAAUGUAUCAGUCUUUGCUUGAUCAAAUUGGGAUGACGCAGUAUCUGUUAAAACGCAACGGUGACUCGAUUUGGGAUAAUGUUCAAAAAUCAUUACUGCUAAUUCAGAAAACAAUGACGGAAAAAGCAGUAGUACAUUUGUCAAAUGUAAAACCUGCUUUUAUGGAAAUGAAUUCAGAAGAACGUGAGUUCUUCAAGAAGAUCCUUAUGGAAACGGCACUUGAUUGGGUAAAGAAAUCCAAUACCCCAGUUAAAGUUAACCUCGAGGCAAAUCCGUUUGCCUGGAUGAUUGACAUGUUGAAUAAAGUAAUGAGCGAUUCGAAUGUGGAAAACAAAGUCGAAGCAGACGGAAGUUUUGUUCUGAAAGUAGAGACGGAAGGAACGAGUGAUCAAUCUACUACAGUUCUGCCGGUUGAUCAUAGUCCAGCAUAUGGUGAUCUUCCACCAGAAUCAAAUACAUUCGGACCGGCCAUGACUAUAAUCCCAAUAAAUUCAUCACCCUUAGUCGCAACUAUGCAGGAACCCUUCACAAAUGAUGUCCAGAAUGACGCAGCUAUGCCUGUAAAUUCUGCGAAAACUUCUGCCCAGAUUCGUGUAUCUCAGAGUCCCGUUAUUGAAACUUCAAUGAGUUCACAAGUUUGCGAACCGCAAGUCUCUCAAUCUGAUAAUGUCAAUAGUGACAGCCAACUAGAAAACAAUGGAAUACCUAGUUCCUGUCAAGUGACAAAUCAAUGUAUACAAAUCCCACCUCAAGGACAGCCUGCUGUGGGAGCUGAUCAAGAAUCUGUUCAGCAAGCUUGCCCUAAUUAUACCGCAAUUGCUGCCGUCACUCAUUCUAUUCUAAGUGAAUACGCUCAAUCAGUUCCAAAGAUAGUUUCACCGAUUUUGUCGCCUAAUACACAAACAGUUAACCAUCAAUCAAAUCAUCUUUCUAUUCCUCCACGACUUCCUGUCCCAAACUGGAUUCAAAUCCUUCCAACUCCUAGGAUUCCAAAUCAGUGCCAAAUACCUCAGGCGAAUUCGCUACAGAGGCAAGCUAUUUUAAAUGUUCAACAGCAAGGCUGUAAUAAUCGGCCUCAGGUGUCUGUAUCGGCUCUCGUGGAACAACACCAGCAGAUGAUGCAACAAAAUCAAAAACAACAAACUGAAACUCAGAAUCAACCCGUGAAUCUGUCUCAACAUUCUGGAGGCGCACUAGUUGGUAGUGGUCCUUGUACUUCAUUGGGAUCAAGCGCUCCAGGACCUCAAUGGCUCCAACCAAUACUUCCAUUGACAGUGUUCAACAAUUCAAUUCCGGUAAGGAUGGCUGAUACGCCAUUUAAUUCAACUAUAAGUGUAAAACAUAUGUAUUGCGAAAGAUCACAACAAUUUCGGUCUUUUGUCAAUCAGGUACCAUUUUGGAGACAUCCAGGACCUCAACCAGCUCAUCAAAACAUCAGUAAUCCCGGAAACUUCAUUCCCAUGGUCCCCCCUAUUUCAAUGCCGUCAACAUCGUAUUCUCAGAUUCCUCCUUGGCAUAAUGUAAUGCAGAAUCCAAUGCAAAUUCAACAUCAGAAUAACUCCGUUCCAAGGAAUAUCGCAACGCAACCUCGUUUGCAUGCGCCACCAAUUCAACAGAUACAACAGGGAGGAUGCGUGCAACGGCAGCAGAGUCCGCUUAAUAUGCUGAACCAUCAAGUUUCAACUUUGCCACCAACUUAUAAAGAGACUGUAAGAAAGGUGAAACAACGCAGGGCCUCAAGUGACAGGUCACCAAAACAAAGAAAAGCAAGACCACCUCAACGAAGAACUUCUGUAUAUAAUUUACCUAAGGUGAAUCAACCAACACUGGAAACGUGGAAUUCCAAUCAACAACCGUUGUCGACUGCGUCGUCAAUGCAGAUUACUGCAACGUCAACGAUAAAUACUCAACCUCAGCAACAGCAACCGUCAUCAGUAUUGCAGACUAAUCAUCAAAUGCAGUCUCCAACGAUCAAUCAGGUACCUUCAAAACAAAAGCAUCACAGAGGAUCAACUGAAACUUCGUUCAUUUCAUCUCAGCAAUGUUCAGUGUCCCCGCAAAACAUUCCUCAUUCUCAAUCUCAAACAACGAUUACAUGCCUUUCUUCUAUACCUGAUCUGUCGCAGUUAAUGUCCGAAGAUGAAUUUCGUGAUCUUCAAAGAGUAAUUCAAAACUUACCCGGCGUUGGAGGAAACUCAACUGUGCAGUUAUCGUCGAGCGUUGCCUGUGAGCAGAUAAUCUGUCCGACUAUUCCUACGCAAGCUACAUCGGAUGUAUCCAACAAUCCCACCAAAGAAUACCAGAUCCGCCCUACACCAACGUCAAAGCUAAUGCCGCCUCCUCCGGUUCCUACCUCGCGUGUUCGCAGAGGUAGACAAAUGUCUGUGGAUUCAUAUCAACCUCCUAAGACGCAGAUGUGCAAUUCAACAGUGAACUAUUCACAAAGUGCUGGGAUCCUUCAAGGAACUUCCGGACAGACUGAAUCUAGCGUUAAAACUUCACCUAGUACAGAUACAAUUAAAGAAGUAGUUAAUUUACCGCAUGUGCAAAGUCAACUUUGGGCACAUUUUAUGGGAUCUUUUUACCAAUCACGUAAAAAUCUUCAGAAUCACCCUCAAGUGGAGCAACGGAAUGGAACGGUCGUAGAGAAGGAGCAACAAGAAUCUCUAAGCGGUUCGGAACAAAAUCAUUCCCUGGGGUUGGAAAUUUCUCAUGAGUUGAUCAUAAAAUUGAAGAGAACCAUGAAGAUUUGCACUAUUUGUGUAACGAAUAACACAAAUAUGGUUUGUAGUACAUGUCUCAGUGCUGCUUAUUGCAGUAAUGAUUGUGAGGCGCAGGAUACCGAUCAUUCCUGCAAGAGUGGUCAAUUUAUUUUCUUAUGAAAACAUAGAAAAACAAAUCUAUGGAAACAUUGGUCCUAUGUCACUAGAUUUAAUUUAAUUUGAUGUUUUUUAUAUAAGAAUUUAUUAAAAAUCUGUUGAAGUAUUUAAAUGCAGUUUAUUUUUUUUUUAAAGUGCUGCAAAGAGCACCUUGAAAACGCAAAGAAAUCUGUACAAAGAUGUUCCAAAGAAAAUAUGUAUGCUAUUUGCAUCAAAUAUGAGUAUUUCAAAUUUAAAUAAUAAAAAGAAAUGUUGUUAAAUCUUGCAUUCCAAUGAUAUCAAAAUAUAUUCAAAAUCUAUGUAAGAUCUCAUGGAAGAAAUAAAGCAACUUCUCAACUUGAAA